GUUGCGCUGUGUGACGUCAUCAGCCCACCGCCCUGUCCCGUCGUCCGCUGCCGUGCUGCGGGUCUCUGUGCUCACCCAGUGGACAAGGCAUUAGCGGGGGAGUGAACGGCUUUGUAUAAAAAAGCACAUAACCGAACGAAGAAACGUUUGCUCCGUAGCUGUCUUAUCUGAUCACAUUUAUUUACCGUCAAACUAUGGCAGCUAAAGGAAAAGGUGCCAGGUACCGGGGAUCUGUGGUAGCUUUUCCAGAUUUUGACCCAAAUGCUGAUGCAGAAGCGCUGUACAAGGCUAUGAAAGGAAUUGGCAGUGACAAAGAGACAAUACUAGACCUCAUCACUUCCAGAAACAACGCUCAGAGACAAGAGAUCUGCACAGCCUACAAGUCCCUCCAUGGAAAGGAUCUGAUUGGAGACCUUAAGUAUGAAUUGACCGGCAAGUUUGAGCGCUUGAUCAUUGGUUUGAUGAGACCUCCUGCAUAUCAUGAUGCCAAAGAAAUAAAAGAUGCCAUUGAGGGAAUAGGGACAGAUGAAAAAUGUCUGAUUGAAAUUUUAGCCUCCAGGAACAACAAGCAGACUCACGACUUGGUGAAUGCCUAUAAAGAUGCAUAUGGUAGAAAUUUAGAGGAUGAUGUAACAGGAGACACGUCUGGCCACUUUAAGAAGAUGCUAGUAGUCCUGCUUCAGGGUACUCGUGAAGACGAUGAUGUUGUUAGUGAAGAUCUUGUGGCACAAGAUGCACAGGAGUUAUAUGAAGCUGGAGAGGCCAAAUGGGGGACUGAUGAAGCAAAAUUCAUCACCAUUUUAGGCAAUCGGAGUGUCACCCACCUUCAGUUAGUGUUUGAUGAAUACCAACGUAUUGCAGAAAAGGAAAUAGAGGACAGCAUCCGCGGCGAACUCUCUGGAGACUUUGAGAGACUUAUGCUGGCAGUGGUGGAUUGUAUCAGAAGCGUUCCUAUGUAUUUUUCAAAGCGACUGUACAAAUCAAUGAAGGGCUUAGGCACUGCUGAUAAUAGUCUCAUUAGAAUCAUGGUCUCACGCUCAGAAAUUGACAUGCUGGAUAUAAGAGAAAUGUUUCGGCUCAGAUAUGAAAAAUCACUCUACAGUAUGAUUAAAGAUGACACCUCUGGAGAGUACAAAAGGGCCCUGCUGAAGCUUUGUGGAGGAGACGACGACCUAGCUGGUGAGUUCUUCCCUGAAGCCGCCCAGCUAGCCUACAGGAUGUGGGAAGUUAGCUCCAUGCGAAAAAUUGAGCUGAGGGGAACAAUUCAUCCAGCUGCUAAUUUUAACCCUCAAAAAGAUGCAGAGGCUCUAAGGAAAGCAAUGAAAGGAUUUGGCACUGAUGAAGAUACCAUAAUAAACAUCAUCAGCCAGAGGAGUAAUGCACAGAGGCAAGAAAUCCUGCAAGCAUUCAAGUCAACCUUUGGCAGGAACUUAAUGGCUGAUUUCAAAUCAGAAAUAUCUGGAGAGUUUUGCAAGUUAAUUCUUGGUCUAAUGAUGACCCCAGCACAAUUUGAUGCCAAACAGAUGAAGAAAGCCAUGGAGGGUGCUGGCACAAAUGAGAAAGCUCUGAUAGAGAUCUUAGCAACAAGGAACAACCAAGAAAUUCUGGCCAUGAAUGAAGCCUAUAAGGAAGCAUAUCACAAGAGUCUGGAAGAUGCAAUAACAUCAGACACCUCAGGUCACUUUUGUCGAGUGCUAGUCUCCCUAGUACAGGGUAAUAGAGAGGAAGGGCAGGCUGACCUCGAACGAGCUGAAGAAGACGCAAAGGAACUUUCUGAUGGUUGUAAUGAUGAUUCAAGUUCAAUGGAAACUAGAUUCAUGAGCAUUUUAUGUACAAGAAGUUACCCUCAUCUGAGAAAAGUUUUCCAAGAAUUUGUCAAGUGUACAAACAAGGAUAUUGAGCAAGUCAUCAGGAAAGCAAUGUCUGGAGAUUUAAAGGAUGCCUUCAUUGCUAUUGUCCAAAGUGUCAAGAACAUGCCAACCUAUUUUGCUGAUAGACUCUACAAAUCCAUGAAGGGUCUUGGCACAGAUGAACGAACACUAACUAGGAUCAUGGUGUCACGGAGUGAAAUGGACUUGCUCAACAUUCGGCGGGAGUACAAGGAACUGCACGACGUUUCCCUUCAUGAAAGCAUCAAGGUCGAGGCUCUAUGUGGGGACACUUCGGGAGAUUACCGCAAAGCCCUGCUACUUAUAUGUGGUGGAGAAGAUUAAUUGCAAACAUUUUCAAAUUGUAAAAAAUAUUACCAUGUUUAAGAAAAGCAAUUCUGGGUGUCAGUAUGGUACUGUAUGUUACUGAUUUACAGUAUUAAUGCUCAGUCAUUUUAUGCCUCCAAGUCACUUUGUGUGAUUGGAAGAUGCAAUGUUUUGGUCCUUGUUAGCAAUGGUGGAUCCCAGCUGAUUUUAUUUAUUUUGGUGAGGUAUUUUUUUUUUUGGUGUAUUGUCUCUUUUCAGUGGAUGUGGGGAGAAGCUAGGCAGACAACAAAGUUAAAUUACCCCACAGUACCACUUCUCACAAUUGCAACUUUAUUUACAAUCAAUAAACCAAUUAACAUUUGCCAUUAAA